GUUCUCUAACUAAAUAAUUGGGAAGCUGAUGAGAAAAUAAUCUAACAGCAUUUGUGUCGUGUCUAUCAAUGGGUCUGCUGGCGAAUAAGGAUGAAGUGAAGCGUCUCCUUCAAAAUGAUUUGUUCUCAGCAACUAACGAGAGACUGAAUGCGGUUAUCAGUUUGCCAGAAGAGAGCAAAAAGAAGCGAAAUGUGUUUCUGUGUGUCACAGCUUCAGCCAACAACUCCGGUCAGACUACCGGAGUGAAAUUGGUCAAGGCAGUGGUGGAUGAUAGCAAAACAUCUUCAUCCUCUACUUCUGCUACCCCGUUUGAGAUCAAACGAAAAGAAGACAUCCUUCUCUCAUCGGUACUGAAUGUCAACGGAAGACCCACGGGUUCUGACUCGAAUGCAGUUGGCUUCACCCUCUCAAUCAAGCCCAGAGGGGGAGGGGGAGUGGGUAACAUGGUGCAGAACACAGGGGACUGGAUCAGCGGGACUGCCACUAACUACACCAAAAUGAUACUCACUCUCGACGCAUCUGCUGUCACUUCCGGUGGAGGAGUAGGGAAGCCGACCCAAUUGAGUGUAACCUGUGCCAGCAAAGAAGAUCGAGAUUACUUCCUUACUGUCAUGCACAAGAUGUCACUGAGAUAUCUUCCAGACAACAUGAAGGUUCAGUUCAUCAAUGUCGAACCUGGAUUGCUCUCUGGUGGCAAUUUGAACGACUCUUUUGAUAACAACUUGACAGAUCCCCAGACUCUAGUUGGGGAUGAGCAUAGCAUGGAUCUUCUCAUGGGUGGAGGAGGAGCGGGCGCCAAUGGGAACAGUGGAGAUGAUAACUUCAACAAAGAACUAGAUGAUCUACAGCAGGUGUUAAUGGACAGCAGUGUGUCGUGUAUAGAUGCGGAGAUGCUGGUUUCCCAACUCACCCAGAACCUAAACCUACUCGACGGGGAGAAUGUGAGCAUGAUUAUUGGGUCUGAGGAGAAGAUGCUGUCCCUCCUAUCUCUGUUCGAUGCCUCCAUUGAGGAAAUAGAGAGACUGGAAGAGAGUCUAGAAGUGUAUGACAGGAAACUAUCGAGCAUUCGGGACUACAUGAAUACAAUGAGUUCCAACGAGAAGCUACAGAAAUUGGAAUCGACUAAUCAGCGAAAGCUGGCAAAAUAUUUGGACGAAAUUCUGAAUAGGACGUUCUUCCCUCGUGAGCAGGAAGACAUUCUGGUUAGGGCCUUCACCUCAGAUGGACAGGACGUCGAAACGGUGGAGACGGCUGCACACAAACUCAUAUCAUGUCUUCACGUCAUUGAGUCUCUCGAUCCCAGCGUGCGUGAGAAGGUAGAGGCGGUCAAGUCUUAUUAUGCUCAUCUGAUCAUCCGACAGAAUCAGUUCCUCGACAAUUUCAGGAAAGCACUCAACGCCAAAUUUUCCGAGAACAAGAGAGUGAAAGAUCCCGGAGCUAGCGCAUUGAAUAAUAGCUCUUCGUCCGGAAGCACACCAGGCGGAAGUGGCGCUGGCUUGUCUCUGGCUAGGCGAGAAAGGUUCCACCAGGAGCUGAACUGUUUCAGUGACCUUACAGACAUCCUCAGAGAUAGAGAUCAACACAAGUUCGAUUAUGUCCUGGAACAAUAUGCUUCGAAGUGCGCUGACCAGUACAGACUAGAUUGCGAGGAGUUUUGUGACAAAGUGCGCUUCGUCCUGCCCUCCAGAGUACAGGGAUUCCCAAUCAGUCAGGACAAGGAAGGUGGCAUCUAUCGAAUGCCUGGUGUGGCAUUUGACCUUGAACUGUGGACUAAAGUGUCCCACAAAGUUGACAAGUCUUGCUGUGGUUCCAUGACAAACCUGGCCCAGUCGGUGUCUGAUGCGACCAUGGCGGGUGCAGCCACUCUCAAUCCAGUGAGGAGUAGCAACAAGAAGGGACCAGUGGAUCUGUCUCAAGUCGGAUCGCACGUCAUCGAUGUGUUCCGACUAUCUCUGGACCAGCUGUACGCUGUGUACAGUGCAGAGGACACCUUCUUGGGUUCUUUCUUCGGAUUGCACGAGGCUCAAACAGCCACAUCAGCCGAACAGAGGAACAACAAAGACUCCGUGUCAAAUGCAGGAGAUGACGAGGACAACAGUUCUAAUGGAGGGCAUGAUGCUUCUUUCGACGGGACUUCCUCUGUCAACUCUAGUUUCAUGCUUGUUACCACUUCCGCUUCAAAUAAACAAAACCUCAGAAGAAACAUGUUGAAGAAGCUGUUCCGAUCCUUUGUGGACUCCCUGCAGGUGGUCAUCAGAGAGUGCUACAUGAAGAACCCAGUAAAUAUCCUCUACAUCCACACAGAGUUGCUAAACAGGAGACACCUGUACUCCAGUGCACAUGAGAUGAAUGACCCCCUGUACUCUGAGAUUAUGAUAGAAUCACUUUUGGCAUCUAGCGAGUCAUUCUUCAACUCAUACUUUAAAAGUAUGGAGCAGAUGAUCAAUGACUCGAAGCUGGUCAGGCCCAAAAAGACGGGCACUCUUCUGUUCGUAUCACAGUUAGUGGAAUUCAGCAGAGCUACUAGGGACAUGUUUGAGAAUUGUGCAGACAGUGGGGCCAUGUUUAACAAACUACACAGGUUGCUCCACGUUCUAAUUGGUAGACUCAAUCAGGUGCAGCCGGACGACAGGUCACCCGCCGAAGUCAUCAAACUAGAGAACUUCAACGUGCUGCAGGACUUCCUUCGUUGGAUCCGGGUCGCAGAGUUUGCGGAUUUGACAGCGGAGACGAAGAAGUGCUACCAGGAGAACCUCAGUCUGUAUGUGGACUCGUAUGUAGGGGCACCCAUACAAAACCUCAAGGCUCUGUUUGAUGAAAUUGAGGACAGACUAGAAGACGGGCUAGACUUGGAAAACGUUCGGUUCAUGCAAUCCCUAUCAGUGCAAGAGAUGAAGCGACAACUCAGUCUAGCGACUCCUAAAGAGGUCGAGAAAGGAAUCAGAGCUCUCUAUCUCAGAGUGGCUAAGAACUUAUCUAGUGACGGACCAGAGUCAAUGACGUCAGUUGUCUGGGGUGCCAUCCAGCGACAGUUCCUCCAGAAUCAUGCCAGACAUAAUGAACUUCUUCAUUUAUGUUACUCGCCCAAGUUGAAGACACUUUAUACAGUAGAAAUGAUAAAUGAGUUCUUUCAAAGAGAUUCUUGACCUUAUUUUUCAAGUAAUGUUAUAAAAUUUAGAAUAUGCUCUGUGCACUAAGUAGUGAGCUAAUUUAUUCGAUGCCAUAUCAAAAUUUAAUUUA